AAUCCGGGCUUGCAGAAUAAUCUGUGUAUAAAUAGCGUCAAUAAAUCGUAAAACCUUUUCCGCCUUUUCGCUGCCGCCUCUUCCACUUCCCUCCGUUUCCACCCGACUGUACGAAUUAGAUCCAGCCAAGAACGCUCACCAAUGUUCUUUCUCCCUUCCAUUUGAUUUCUUGCAUCAAUUCUUUGUAAUCGUAUUAGUCUGAGAGACGAUCCUGCGCUACCAUGGGGGAUUACAAUGAUGCCUUCAUGCGGAACCAAAACGCCGCCGUUCAGGCUCGUACUAAGGCCCAGAAUCGUGCCAAUGUCCUUCAACUCAAGCUGAUUGGGCAGAGUCAUCCUACUGGUCUAACGGCCAAUCUCUUGAAGCUCUUUGAGCCCCGACCGCCUCUGGAGUUCAAACCUCCACCAGAGAAAAGAAAAUGUCCACCAUUAACAGGGAUGGCCCAGUUUGUGAGUAAUUUUGCAGAACCUGAUGAUCCAGAAUAUGCUCCCCCUGUUCAAAAGGGUGAAACUCCAGCGGAAAGGAGGGCUAGAAUUCACUUGCUAAGAAUUGAAAAGGGUGCAGAGAAAGCUGCUGAGGAGCUGCCAAAAUAUCUUGAGCGUGAUGAUCCAAAUGUUACUGGAGAUCCAUACAAAACACUCUUUGUGGCCAGACUGAAUUAUGAGACAACUGAGAGCCGAAUCAAAAGAGAGUUUGAAUCUUAUGGGCCAAUCAAGCGGGUUCGAUUGAUUACAGACAAAGUGACAGGUAAACCUAAAGGCUAUGCUUUCAUCGAGUACAUGCACAAAAGAGAUAUGAAAGCUGCAUAUAAGCAAGCUGAUGGCAGGAAGAUUGAUGGUAGAAGGGUACUUGUGGAUGUCGAGCGAGGUAGAACAGUACCAAAUUGGCGUCCCCGCCGUCUGGGUGGAGGUCUUGGAACUACCAGAGUGGGAGGUGAAGAAAAUAGCCAGAGGCAUUCUGGAAGGGAACAACAGCAGUCUGGUGCACCAUCCAGAUCAGAGGAGCCUAGGGCUCGAGAAGAUCGUCAUGGAGAGCGAGAUAGGGAAAAGUCUUAUGACAAGGGAAGAGACCGAGAAAGAGAGAGAGAGAAGUCUCGUGAACAUUCCCAUGAGAGAUCUAAGGAGCGUGAUGUCAGAGAGGACAGGCAUCACAGAGACCGUGAUAGGACUAGAGAUAGAGAUAGGGAUAGGGAUAGAGAGAGAGAUCGAGAUCGUGGCUAUGACCGCGAUAGAACACGUGAUCGAGGAAGGGAUCGAGGUCGUGACUAUGAGCGUGACAGAGAUCGGGAUCGUCAUCGGGAUAGAGAUAGGGAGAGGGAUCGGGAUCAUGAAGGGGGAUAUCCAGACCCUGAUCGCGGUCGCUCUCACGAUAGGGACGACUAUGAUCGUGUCGAGUCAAAAUAUGAGAAGGAUAGACAUGGUGAUAGGGAUAGAGAUAGGGAUAUGGAUCGUGCAGAAACUGAGGAUGGUCGUGGGUGGUAUGAUCAGCCUGAGCAUGGGCACAGAGAUGCUGAUCAUGAUCCCCAGUACUACGACCACUUUGAACAUAACCGAGGUCGAGGGCAAUAUGAUCAACCAGAAGGCCACCGUGACCAAGAUCGUUAUGAUCAGUAUGAUGACAGAAUGGACGAUGAUUAUCAUUAUGAGCGUGGGAAUUCUGAAUCACAUGAUAGAGAGAGGUCUCGUGAUUUGAAUCACGAAUAUAAGCGCAGUGAGAGAUCUCAUUCGAGAGAGUACUAACCGCAAUGUGUUCAGCUGGUUGAGAUAACAUCAAAGUCCAUGAAAAUAUAUCUAUCAUGGUAGCCGCCGCGUCCCUGUGUUGGAAUUGUCUUCUUUGUUAUGUUAAUUGACAUAUAAAGCUCAAACAAACACCGUUGAUAUGUUGUCUGAUGCGCUGUAUGUUCUUGGAAGUUUCAGUUUCAAUUUCAGCCACUUUAUGCAGAUUUUUGCACAGUUUAUUUAUGUGCUACAAACUCCUAAACUUACCCUUGUGUACUACUUUGUGACCAUUAUUUUUAAAGCUCCUAGAUUGGUUAUUAACA